AUUGCUGUUGACAGAGACUACAAAAACACGUCACUGUAGAACUACAACUCCUCCCAGAGACCCGUGCGACCGGCUUCCUGUGUCCUACGUCAUGAGACGUCUUUGGAAGCAAGCGGAAGAGGGCGUGGAGGGAUUUUGAUCCGAAAGCGAAAACAAAAGAUUCGGCCAUGGAUAACCGUUUUGCCACGGCCCUGGUGAUCGCCUCGGUCCUCAGCCUUCUCUCCGCGGUGUACCUGUCCGCGGCCAUCGGCACGGACUCCUGGUACGAGUACCACAGCCUGCCACCAGGGGCCGACAACAGCACGACGGACUUCGGCCAGAUGAAGGAGGACUUUCUGGGGGGCGAGUUCGACGAGAAGGCCUACAGCGACACGCUCUUCAAGCUGAACGGCACGCUGGGACUGUGGAAGAGGUGCAUAGUGGUUUCCAGUGACCUGUACUGGUAUCGCUCCCCAGAUCCGAAGAUGGUGACUCAGUGUGUGAGCUUCUCUCUCCAGAACCAGUUCGCCCCUAAAUACCAGGAACCGGGAAACCACAACAGCGGAGAGGAUCUGACCAGAACCUAUCUGUGGCGAUGUCAGUUCCUCCUCCCGUUCGUCAGUCUGGGGCUCAUGUUUUUCGGGGCGCUCAUCGCUGUGUGUGCCUGCGCCUGUCGCAGCAUGUACCCCACCAUGGGGACCGGGGUACUACACCUCCUGGCAGGGCUCUGCACGCUGGGGGCGAUCGGGUGCUUCGUGGCCGGGGUGCAGCUGCUGCACAGCCGCUUGGAGCUGCCGGACGGGGGUCCGCGGGGGGAGUACGGCUGGUCCUUCUGGCUGGCCGCGGUGUCCGCGCCCCUGCAGUUCAUGGCGGCCUCGCUGUUCAUCUGGGCGUCCCGUUCCAGCAGGAAGGAGUACUCACGCCUGCAGGCCUACAGGGUCGCCUGAGAGACACCUGGAAACCGGAACGUCUCUAGAACCCCGGAACCCCCCCCUCGUCCGUCCGUCCGUCCGGUUCGUACUUCAGUCUAGCAGUUAGUGUGACGCUGGAGGCGUUCGGCUCUGGUAGGGAGAGAGGAUUGAAUUUGCUCUCUGAAGCGAGUCGCUGUGAUUGAAGUGUGAACCGGCUUUUUAGAAUUAGGGCAAUACCACAGAAGAGCCGAGAAUCACUGUAUGUAAAAAAAAAAAAAAUACAAAUAUCAUGUAUCGUGAACUGUCCAUAACUAGAAACCUACCUAGAGCCACUGUUGAAUCACGUAACUUUAUUGAAAACAAACAGUACCACUCUGUAUAAAAAGGAUUGUCUAUCCGGAGCAGUCUAGAACAGGAAUCCUAGGGUCAAUUUAGAACUACAGAACUUUAUUACAAUUAAAAAAAAACCAAAAAAAAAACAAGUACCACUCUAUAUAAAAUGACCAUGUGUCCAGAACAGUCUAGCACAGGAAACCCAGGUCUAAUCUAGAACCACAGAACAUUAUUAUUACACACGGGGGGAAAUAAACUAGUACCACUCUAUAAAAAUGGUGUCCAGAACAGACUAGAGCACAAAACUUGGAACUGAUCUAGAACCUUUAAAUACACUUAGAUAUUAGUAUAGUUUCACUCUAGAACCCAGAACAAGAACCCUGAAACCUAGAACCUGUGAGGUUUAAAAAACCAGGGGGUGGGGACUAGAACCAUUCUAGAACCUGAAAGCCUAGAACCACUUUGUAAACAUUUCUUGAACCUAGAACCUACUUUAUUAACCAUGAUCAUGACAGGAGAAAUUGCUCAGUUCUGUCAUCAGUACCUCUGAAAUUUUUUGAAGUGACGCUAAUUAUACUCUGAAGUUGCAUAUUGUUUUAAAAUAUAUACGUGUGUGUGUUUAGUUUUUUUUUUUUGUAUAAGUUGUAUUGUCGCAAAAAUAUAUUUUAACAGGAAGUCAUUUAUCAAGGGAACUUCAAGCUGUUUGAUUUUAUUAUAUAUUUCUUGCUGUUUAGUAUCACGUACUUGAAAGAGAAGAGGUUUAAAUGAAGGCUAUUUUAUUUUAUUUUAUUUUUGGGGGGGUGAGGGACGUGACCACUUCUGAUCAGUUUUGGAUGGUUCGUUAUCUUAUGAUUCUAAUUAUGAUUCAUGUGUUUAACCUGCUUUGCGUUUCUCUAAGGUAGAAAUUGAAUCACAUCUUAAUUAAAUUGUCACCAAGUGAAUCCUAACAUCCAGACAGCGGUCCACGUUCCAUUCAAGUCAUGUGACAAUUUAAAACUUCUAUACAUUUAUAUUGAACCACUAAGAGAAAGGGGGCUCCCUCCAGUCCAGGGCAGGCUUGAGGCACGGAGACUGAACUGCUCCCUCCCUCCCUCCCUCCCUCACCCUCCCCUAAGAGAAAGGGGGCUCCCUCCAGUCCAGGGCAGGCUUGAGGCACGGAGACUGAACUGCUCCCUCCCUCCCUCACCCCACUAAGAGAAAGGGGGCUCCCUCCAGUCCAGGGCAGGCUUGAGGCACGGAGACUGAACUGCUCCCUCCCUCCCUCACCCCACUAAGAGAAAGGGGGCUCCCUCCAGUCCAGGGCAGGCUUGAGGCACGGAGACUGAACUGCUCCCUCCCUCCCUCACCCCACUAAGAGAAAGGGGGCUCCCUCCAGUCCAGGGCAGGCUUGAGGCACGGAGACUGAACUGCUCCCUCCCUCCCUCACCCCACUAAGAGAAAGGGGGGUCCCUUCAGUCCAGGGCAGGCUUGAGGCACGGAGACUGAACUGCUCCCUCCCUCCCUCACCCCACUAAGAGAAAGGGGGCUCCCUUCAGUCCAGUCCAGGCUUGUUCCUUUACCAAUUCCUCACUAAAUUUAAAUUCAGUAAUACUGUAAUUAAAUAUACCACGGUGGUUAUAAAUCUUAUUUUAAUGUGUAGCUUUGUUUUUAUUUUGUUCUUUUAAUUAAAUUAUAUUUAACUUAUGUUUAAAAUAUGCGGAUAACCUUUUUAUUUUUCACCUGUUUUGUUUUUAUUACCAAUAAAAACUACAAUGUAAAACGCA